AGUCCCCAGCCCCAGGCGUGGGCCGUGCGCCCUCCACCACCCCCGCCUUGAAGGCGGUGGCUGCGGGUGGAAAGCAAUUUGGGGUGCAUAAGGAAGCGGGCUGGGGCGCAGGUGGCGCUCGUAGCCCCAGCCCUGGUUGAGCCAAUCGCGAGCGCAAGCGCAGCCUGCUGGCAGCUUUACGGAGCUCCGGACUCAGGCAGGGAGCCUACUAGGCGAAGGCGGCGCAGGAGAGAGCUGAGCGCAGGCUCCUGUGAGCACUGCCAAGGGCGCGGGCUCGCCCGGCCACGCUGCCAAGCAUGGGCAAGAAGUGGAGGGACGCGGGAGAGAUGGAGAGAGGCUGCUCUGACCGCGAGGACAGCGCAGAGAGCCGCAGGCGCAGCCGCAGCGCCAGCCGGGGCAGGUUUGCCGAGUCGUGGAAAAGGUUAAGUUCCAAGCAGGGGUCCACCAAGCGCUCGGGACUGCCCGCACAGCAGACACCGGCUCAGAAAUCCUGGAUUGAAAGAGCAUUUUAUAAAAGAGAAUGUGUUCACAUCAUACCCAGCACCAAAGACCCCCAUAGGUGUUGCUGUGGGCGCCUCAUAGGCCAGCAUGUCGGACUCACUCCUAGUAUCUCUGUGCUUCAGAAUGAGAAAAAUGAGAGUCGCCUCUCCCGAAAUGACAUCCAAUCUGAGAAGUGGUCUAUCAGCAAACACACUCAGCUCAGCCCAACAGACGCUUUUGGGACCAUUGAGUUCCAAGGAGGCGGCCAUUCCAACAAAGCCAUGUAUGUCCGAGUAUCUUUUGAUACGAAACCUGAUCUAUUGCUACACCUGAUGACCAAGGAAUGGCAACUGGAGCUUCCCAAACUUCUCAUCUCUGUGCAUGGAGGGCUACAGAACUUUGAACUCCAGCCCAAACUCAAGCAAGUCUUCGGGAAGGGGCUCAUCAAAGCAGCCAUGACAACUGGAGCAUGGAUCUUCACUGGAGGAGUCAACACAGGUGUCAUUCGUCAUGUUGGAGAUGCCUUGAAAGACCAUGCGUCUAAGUCUCGAGGGAAGAUAUGUACCAUAGGUAUCGCCCCCUGGGGAAUUGUGGAAAACCAGGAAGACCUGAUUGGAAGAGAUGUAGUCCGACCAUACCAGACCAUGUCCAAUCCUAUGAGCAAGCUCACCGUUCUCAAUAGCAUGCACUCUCACUUCAUCCUGGCUGACAACGGGACCACGGGAAAAUACGGGGCAGAGGUGAAACUCCGCAGACAACUGGAAAAGCACAUUUCGCUCCAGAAGAUAAACACAAGAUGCCUGCCGUUUUUCUCUCUUGACUCCCGCUUGUUUUAUUCAUUUUGGGGUAGUUGCCAAUUAGACCCAAUUGGAAUCGGUCAAGGGGUUCCAGUGGUGGCUCUCAUCGUGGAAGGAGGACCCAAUGUGAUCUCAAUUGUUUUGGAAUACCUUCGAGACACCCCUCCUGUACCAGUCGUGGUCUGUGAUGGGAGUGGACGGGCAUCUGACAUCCUGGCAUUCGGGCAUAAAUAUUCAGAAGAAGGAGGACUUAUCAAUGAAUCUUUGAGGGACCAGCUGUUGGUGACAAUACAGAAGACCUUCACGUACACUCGCACCCAAGCUCAGCACCUGUUCAUCAUCCUCAUGGAAUGCAUGAAGAAGAAGGAACUGAUCACAGUGUUUCGAAUGGGAUCAGAAGGCCACCAGGACAUUGAUUUAGCUAUCCUGACAGCAUUACUCAAAGGCGCCAAUGCAUCCGCCCCAGACCAACUGAGCUUAGCUUUAGCCUGGAACAGAGUUGACAUCGCUCGCAGCCAGAUCUUUAUUUACGGGCAGCAGUGGCCGGUAGGGUCCCUGGAACAAGCCAUGCUGGAUGCCCUAGUCCUGGACAGAGUGGACUUUGUGAAAUUACUCAUAGAAAAUGGAGUAAGCAUGCACCGUUUUCUCACCAUCUCCAGACUAGAGGAACUGUACAAUACGAGACAUGGGCCCUCAAAUACAUUGUACCACUUGGUCAGGGAUGUCAAAAAGCGAGAGUAUCCAGGUUUCGGUUGGAUCUAUUUUAAGGGAAACCUGCCCCCGGACUACAGAAUCAGCCUGAUAGACAUUGGCCUGGUGAUCGAGUACCUGAUGGGCGGGGCUUACCGCUGCAACUACACACGCAAGCGCUUUCGGACCCUCUACCACAAUCUCUUUGGCCCCAAAAGGCCCAAAGCCUUGAAACUGCUGGGAAUGGAGGAUGAUAUUCCCUUGAGGAGAGGAAGAAAGACAACUAAGAAGCGUGAGGAAGAGGUGGACAUAGACUUGGACGACCCUGAGAUCAACCACUUCCCAUUUCCCUUCCAUGAGCUGAUGGUGUGGGCGGUGCUCAUGAAGAGACAGAAGAUGGCCCUGUUCUUCUGGCAGCACGGAGAGGAGGCCAUGGCCAAAGCCCUGGUGGCCUGCAAGCUCUGCAAAGCCAUGGCUCACGAGGCUUCUGAGAAUGACAUGGUUGAUGAUAUUUCCCAGGAGCUGAACCACAACUCCAGGGACUUUGGCCAGCUGGCUGUGGAGCUCCUGGACCAGUCCUACAAACAGGAUGAGCAGCUGGCCAUGAAACUGCUGACGUAUGAGUUGAAGAACUGGAGCAAUGCCACAUGCCUGCAGCUGGCUGUGGCUGCCAAGCACCGUGACUUCAUUGCACACACGUGCAGCCAGAUGUUACUUACUGACAUGUGGAUGGGACGGCUCCGGAUGAGAAAGAACUCAGGCCUCAAGGUAAUUCUGGGAAUUCUACUUCCUCCUUCAAUUCUCAGCUUGGAGUUCAAGAACAAAGAUGACAUGCCCUAUAUGACUCAGGCCCAAGAAAUUCAUCUCCAAGAGAAGGAGCCGGAGGAGCCAGAGAAGCCCACAAAGGAAAAAGAUGAGGAGGACAUGGAGCUCACAGCCAUGUUGGGGAGAAGCAACGGGGAGUCAUCCAGAAAGAAAGAUGAAGAAGAAGUUCAAAGCAGGCACCGGCUAAUCCCCGUGGGCCGAAAAAUCUAUGAGUUCUACAACGCACCCAUCGUGAAGUUCUGGUUCUACACUCUGGCAUAUAUUGGAUACCUGAUGCUCUUCAAUUACAUCGUGUUAGUGAAGAUGGAGCGCUGGCCUUCCACUCAAGAAUGGAUUGUCAUCUCCUACAUUUUCACUCUGGGAAUAGAGAAGAUGAGAGAGAUCCUGAUGUCGGAGCCUGGCAAGCUGCUGCAGAAGGUGAAGGUGUGGCUUCAGGAGUACUGGAACGUCACAGACCUCAUUGCCAUCCUUCUCUUCUCGGUGGGAAUGAUCCUUCGUCUUCAAGACCAGCCCUUCAGGAGUGACGGGAGGGUCAUCUACUGUGUGAACAUCAUUUAUUGGUAUAUCCGUUUGCUAGACAUCUUCGGCGUGAACAAGUAUCUGGGCCCAUAUGUAAUGAUGAUUGGGAAAAUGAUGAUAGACAUGAUGUACUUUGUCAUCAUUAUGCUGGUGGUGCUGAUGAGCUUUGGGGUCGCCAGGCAAGCCAUUCUCUUUCCCAAUGAGGAGCCAUCUUGGAAACUGGCCAAGAAUAUCUUCUACAUGCCUUAUUGGAUGAUUUAUGGGGAAGUGUUUGCUGACCAGAUAGACCCUCCCUGUGGACAGAACGAGACCCGAGAGGAUGGCAAGACAAUCCAGCUGCCCCCAUGCAAGACAGGAGCAUGGAUUGUCCCGGCCAUCAUGGCCUGCUACCUCUUGGUGGCGAACAUCCUUCUGGUCAACCUCCUGAUUGCUGUCUUCAACAAUACAUUUUUUGAAGUCAAGUCGAUAUCCAACCAAGUAUGGAAAUUUCAGAGGUACCAGCUCAUCAUGACUUUCCACGAGAGGCCGGUCCUGCCCCCACCGCUCAUCAUCUUCAGUCACAUGACCAUGAUAUUCCAGCACGUGUGCUGCCGGUGGAGGAAGCACGAGAGUGACCCGGAUGAAAGGGACUACGGCCUGAAACUCUUCAUAACUGAUGAUGAGCUCAAGAAAGUACAUGAUUUUGAAGAGCAGUGCAUAGAGGAAUAUUUCAGAGAGAAGGACGAUCGCUUCAAUUCAUCCAACGAUGAGAGGAUACGGGUGACAUCAGAAAGGGUGGAGAACAUGUCCAUGAGGCUGGAGGAAGUUAAUGAGAGAGAACAUUCCAUGAAGGCUUCACUCCAGACAGUGGACAUCCGGCUAGCACAGCUGGAGGACCUCAUCGGGCGCAUGGCCACAGCCCUGGAACGCCUGACCGGUCUAGAGCGGGCAGAGUCUAACAAGAUCCGCUCAAGGACCUCCUCAGACUGCACAGAUGCAGCCUACAUCGUCCGCCAGAGCAGCUUCAACAGCCAGGAAGGGAACACCUUCAAACUUCAAGAGAGUAUAGACCCUGCAGGUGAGGAGACCAUGUCCCCAACUUCUCCAACCUUAAUGCCCCGUAUGCGAAGCCAUUCUUUCUAUUCAGUCAAUGUGAAAGACAAAGGUGGUAUAGAAAAGUUGGAAAGCAUUUUCAAAGAAAGGUCCCUGAGCUUACACCGAGCUACUAGCUCCCACUCAGUAGCAAAGGAACCCAAAGCUCCUACAGCCCCUGCAAACACCUUGGCCAUUGUUCCUGACUCCAGAAGACCAUCGUCAUGCAUAGACAUCUAUGUCUCUGCCAUGGAUGAGCUCCACUGUGAUAUAGACCCUCUGGAUAAUUCCAUGAACAUCCUUGGGCUGGGCGAGCCAAGCUUUUCAGCUCUAGCACCUUCCUCAGCCCCCUCAAGUAGUGCCUAUGCAACCCUCGCACCUACAGACCGACCUCCAAGUAGGAGCAUUGAUUUCGAAGACCUCACCUCCAUGGACACUAGAUCAUUUUCUUCAGACUAUACCCACCUCCCAGAAUGCCAAAACCCCUGGGACACAGACCCUCCAACGUACCAUACCAUCGAGCGUUCCAAGAGUAGCCGCUACCUAGCCACCACGCCCUUUCUUCUGGAAGAGGCCCCCAUUGUAAAAUCCCAUAGCUUUAUGUUUUCUCCUUCAAGGAGUUACUACGCCAACUUUGGGGUGCCCGUGAAAACAGCAGAAUACACAAGUAUUACAGACUGUAUUGACACAAGGUGUGUCAAUGCCCCCCAAGCAAUAGCUGACAGAGCCACCUUCCCCGGAGGUCUUGGAGACAAAGUGGAAGACUUAUCUUGUUGCCACCCUGAGCGAGAAGCAGAGCUGAGCCAUCCCAGCUCUGACAGUGAGGAAAAUGAGGCCAGAGGCCGGAGAGCUGCCAAUCCCAUAUCCUCUCAGGAGGCUGAAAAUGCAGACAGAACCCUCUCCAACAACAUCACAGUUCCCAAGAUAGAGCGCGCCAACAGCUACUCGGCAGAGGAGCCAAACGUGCCAUAUGCACAUACCAGAAAGAGCUUCUCCAUCAGUGACAAGCUUGAUAGACAGAGGAACACAGCGAGCCUCCGAAAUCCCUUCCAGAGAAGUAAGUCCUCCAAGCCAGAAGGCCGAGGGGACAGCCUAUCCAUGAGGAGACUGUCUAGAACAUCAGCUUUCCAUAGCUUUGAAAGCAAGCACAACUAAACCAUCUUACCAUGUGUUGCAGGAGGCUCGAGAAUCCAGCACUAAAAUUCUCCCCAAUGCCCACCACGUUCCCCCUUUCUUGAGUUAGACCUGCUUUAUUCUUAGCUGAGCAAAAACAAUGGGAGACAUUAACUCAAAGGUAACCUCUGGGCUACAGAUCAAGCAAGCAUUCCAUCUGGCCCAGUUCAAAACACAGGGGUUGAAGCAUGUUCCUAUCUGUUGGGCAGGGAGGGGUAAAGACGACAGACGGGGGCUAGAGAUAAAUGGGUGUCACCAGGCAUCACAGAAAGCCAUGAGCUCUGGGGAGCCAAUGGGCUUCAGCACUCCAUGCCAACAGGCAUCAUGGGAUUUCGGCCCCGUUAUCAAGAGUCGAGGGCUAAAUUGCAAAAUGAAAUAAGAAUAGACAGCGUACAAGAUGAGAUAUUCUAAACUUCCAUUCUGUUUUCUUUUCACAUUGGUUCCAUCACUGGUGACUGAUGAAGAACAUCCUUUUUAUUCAGUAUAAGCCGGCAGCAAGCAGUUCUACCUAACGUCCCACAUCCUUCUCAUGCCAACACUUCUGUAAUUGGUCAUUAUAAAGAAAACCAAGGUAACAGUCAUAUAUACAGUUCACCUGUCUCUUAUCUAUCCACUUCUGGUGCCACAACUGUUUAUCUCUUUAGAAGAAAAUAAGGGAACAGAAAAAAAAAUGCCUUUUUUUUUGUCUUGCGAUCAAAAUGAAAGAAGAAUUGAUGUUGAAAGCAAAAGUCAUAUGAUUUAUAAUAUACCACAGGCAAUCAAGUAUAGUCAAGUAAGCUCAGGAUGAAUGUACUCAGAUAAUUUUAUAUUUUUAAGUUAUUUUGUAUCUCACCUGUCAUCAAAGAAUUCACUCAUCAAAUAUGUAAUAUUGAACUUUAAGAAAAAGGUGGGAAGAUCUAACAUUAAGUUGCCAGUGGGAUGUUGUUAUAGUCUCACCAUUCAUAGUGUGUGACGCUGCUGUGUGGGCCUUCAUCAUCUGCAUGUCUCCACUAUGUCCUUCAGACACCUCCAAGAUGUAACUGCCAAAUUUCCACACUGCUCAUCACGUGACCAUUUUGUAUUUGAACACAUGGUUAUAUGUGGAUAUUUUCAUACCUAGAGUUUAGCCAUCUAAUCUGGGCUCAGCAUAAAUUUAAUCAGAGUUUUUCAAGGGCUGGUAUCUUUUUUAUGGAAAUGUUCCAAAGUACUUUUUAAGGAAGUUUAAAAACCAUAAAUAACCUUAGAUUUGACUAGGGGCUUGAUAUCAACCCAAACCCAUCAGUUGCAGGCAAGCCUUGAAUAUGUUUCUUAUUUACAAAGCUAUAAAAAAGAUACAGUAGGACCAAAAUAGAAAGCAAAUAUACCAUAUACAGAAUUCUAUAGUUUAUGCUGCUUACAUAUGCAUCCACAUACAGACUCAUGUUUAUACACAGUAUAUAUACAGACACAUAGAGAUUUCUUAAAAGGCUUUGACUUUCUGUCAUCUGAUGGUAUAACUAAGAUUAUUUUUUAAUGCCCAAGAAGUUUCUCUGGAAAAAGUUUAUUGUGCUAUUGGACCCAUUGUUGAAAUUAUAAUUUGCAAAAUUAUAUAUAUAUAUAUCUGGUCUUCACCUGUCUUUACACUGAACAAGAACUGCCAAAAUGGUUCCCACCCUGUCCUUAUCUCCUCCUGUUUGGAAGCACCCAUUGUCCUGAGAUCCCUUGCACUCUGGUUGCUCUGACACAAAGCUAUUAUCACCAAAUAUAAUCUGAAUAGAUGAUUGACUCUAAGCCUGUUUUUAUUACACCAUCUAGAAUGGAGGCAUACGUUUCUAGAAUAGAACCUGGGAUAAAGAAAUCUUGACCACAAAAUUUUGAAUUCCUAUUUAGAUAACUGAACACAAAGUCUUUAAGAAAAGUGAUUUGGGGCCAGGAAUAGUUAGUGGUAAUGUUCACUGUGUGUAAUUCCAAGCACAUGGGAAGAGGAGGCAGAAAGAUGAGGAAUUCAGAGUCAGCCUCUGGUAUAUAUCAAGUUCAAGGUCAACAGGGACAUGAGACCCUGUUAGAGACAGAGAGAAAGGGAGAGAGGGGAAGAGAGAGAGAGGGCAGAAUAAAAAGAAAAUGCUUUGAGCUGGGGAGCUGAGACUUGAGCUCAGUGUCACAGCACUUGCUCAACACACUCAAGGCCCUAUGUUCUAUCUCCAGUGGUUAAAAAAAGGGGGAGGAGAGAGAAAGAGAGAAAGAGAGCGAGAGAGAGAGAGAGAGAGAGAGAGAGAGAGAGAGAGAGAGAGAAUUUAAUGUUCCUGGUCCCAAGUGUUCCUUGGUUCUUUUCACUGUAGUUCUAAACACCAAGGUUCAUAUCCCUUAAUGAAAUCAAGUCAGUACACCACAAAACCUGUAGCCUUUAAAUAUUUUUGAAAGAAAAAAAAAUCUUUUCAGCGAAAGAGUGGCAAGUGUGUAUCUGUAAAGAAUCCUUUUUCAUCCUUGGUAUUUAGGCAACACCCAAGCUCUUCAUUGAUAAUUGUGCUAGAGACACUCACUUUCUUAUUGGUGAUCUCCUUACCAGCAAACAUGCUUUGAACCUGAAAAGAUAUCAUUUGUCUCUAAGCUUCCUUGAGCCAUGAGUCCCUGCGAGAACCCGAUAGAAACUCUGAACCCUCCCACACCCCAAACUCACAUCCAUGUGAAGCCACACUAUAACAUUAAGGGGUUCGUGACUCCCCUGCUUCCACGGUGACUGGUGAUGAUUAAAGAGACUACAUUCAUUCAUCAUCAACCAUGCUACAACAGGCACUAUACACUUCCAGACCAUUUCCCUGUGAUUCUCAGGAGGGCCAAGUCUCAGCACCAGCGUCUGAACCAAGGUUUCAGCACUUCCACUCUUUAGAUUACAUAUGGCUAGCUGGAUGUCCUUGUGCCCUAACAUCUUCAUGCUUUUGAGUGGCAAGCAUUCUCAAAGGCAGAGGCUCUCUGAGGGAAUCUGUAGAGGAGUCCAAGAUGAAACCAUCCGCUGGGACAGUAGAGCAGGAUACCACGCACUCUAGAGCCUGGUUUGGGGACCUCCUUGGAAACAAGGGAGAGAAAGAACAAGCCUACAUGUUUCUGUUUGUUGUGAUCGCCUGAGAGAAAGAACAUGACCUGGGAAAGGAAACACUUUACAGUCCUGAGCUUUUGUUCUGCAUGAAAAUUAAGUGCUAACCUCUUUGGUGAAGUGUGCUAAGUCUAUAAAAGCCAAAUGUAAACAACUGCAGACACAAACUGUGUAGGUCUCCCAAGCCAUGUCUUCCCAGUGCACAUGUGUGUGUGUUGUUUUCAACCCCACCUCCUUCCAUUUCUGGGUUCUCUGUGUACCAAUGUGGCAUCGAUUCUGUGGCCUUGUGCAAACAGCUCGUGUUCAGCUCAUUUGUUCCACCAUGUCCCUGAUGGAGGGGACCUUAAUUACCUGCCUCUGUGAAUUAAACAGCUCGUGAGUAGCCAGUCAUUGAAGGCCAUACAUAAAGAAAGUCAUGGAGGGCUCAAGGAAGAGAUAGCCUGUUUAAUCAUCUGCUUCAUAGGUGCCAAUUUUUAUAUACUACGAUGUGUAAUGAUUUGUUCCAAAUUGCUUGCUUGUUCCUUUUGGGAAAGAAAUGAAUGUUUUAUAAAGAUGGCCAUGAAGGUUUCUUGAUUAACCGCCAUAUUUUAUACUUACAGUUAGAAACUGGUAGAUUUGAAUGGAGUGCUAGAAAACAAGAGGAUAAUUGUCAUGGGCAGUCUGUGUGUGUGUAAGCCAAGAGGAGGGUAGUCAGAAGGUGGCACUUUAGAGAACUGGAUGUUUCUUUAAAGUUGAAGCGUCCAGGGCCAGUUACUAUUUAGCACUUUGAAAGUUCCCCCUUUAAAAUAUAUAUAUGCAUAUACCAGAAUAAUGAAAUAGGGGGGGUGUACUUGUGGAAACACAAAAUGUGUUUCUUCUGAAUGUUACAAUUGUAUUUUUAAAUCUGGUCUCUAUAGAUAACAUUAUGGUAGAUCACUGGAUAGUACGUUUUCUUCUUUUUUUUCUUUUUUUCUGAAGCUGUACAGUCUAAUCUUCCUGGAUGUUUGGGCUGUUUGAUUUCUUUAAAGAUAAUAUACAUUAUCCAGUUAUCCAUCAUGCUAUAUCUAUAGGCUAUGCCAUGUGACAUAUUGGGCAAUGCUGUAUUAUAAAAACACAUGUAAACUUAUCUGUAACCUGUGUUUAACCCAGCAUAGUUGUAGCAUGUGGUUGUAUUAAUGAACGUUACAGGACAGCUUUAUAAUCAUUUAUAAAUCUGUAACAUUCAAUAAAGAAGCACAUGUGGCAAGGAUUAAUUAUGCUCCCAUUUCCAUGUUUUUAGCAGCCUCUAGUAAUAGGCACUUCUGUUCCUGAUCUCUAUUACGCUCUUCGCAUCCCUCAGACCCUCAUAGAAACCGUAUAUAAGCUGAUGUGCCUCUGCUACCGGGUCCCACGAGCUGGGAGAGGCAAGUGUGGUUUUGUGUCAGACAAACUGGUGUGUUACGCAAAAGACUAGGCAGCAAAUGAACUUAAACAGUUUAAAACUCCAGUGGAAUUAGCGGUCUGUUUGCAUCUGCUGACUCCAUACGGAAGCAGUGUACAGUGUUUUAUAAAUCCGUUCAUUCAGGAGCACUGCCUGCUGUAGAUAAAGUGAUGUUAUUGUUUAGGUGGCUAUACAUUUGGCCUACAUAUUGCAUCCAACUUGCUAAUCUUUACCAUACCAAUGAGACUCUAAGGAAGUAAUUCCUCCCAGGACCCAGUCUUAAUUUUGUGUCAGCACAAUGCACACUGGCCUUUCUGUCCCUUUACCUUCGUACGGCACUUAACGUUUUACGCUGCUUGUCUGCUGCGAUUCUUAAGCCAUUUAACGAGUCACUCAGAUUGCUCGGCUUCUUAAACUGGGGACUCCUUUCAGUUCUCAAAAGCUGAAAACAAGUAAUCAAGGGUUUCUUUUCUCUUAUCAAUUUGUUUUUUGUAAAGCUCUGCACAAAUAAGAUGAAAUAAAGUAUCAACUACAACUUGCAAUAGCUAGGGGAGCCAGAGCUGACAAGGCAGCAAGCACCACUCUGGAGUCCUAAGGUCUAGGUGUGGGGGCAUCUGUGAUAUAGGAAAGACGCAUCUUGGAUUCUUUAGGGCUUCCUGGGUGCAAAUUGCUAAACCAGAGAUGAAAGUCAAGGUGCACAGUGACAGAGCAGAAAUGCACAGAUCACUGUGAGCGAGUGGUCCCUUGGUAGUGCAUGAGACCUCCCUUCUUGUCCCGUGGCUUUCACACCCUGUGGGUGAGCCAGGCCCAGAGGUGGGAGAGGGGUGAUUGUUUGAUGAAACACCAGGUGACUCUGAAGAGCUUGUUCUUUCAAGAAGUCGACGCUCGGUUCUUAUAAGUCCUUCAACAUCUGGAAAGGAAUGGAUCCAAUUUGCACAGUCAAAAUGUUCCCAAAAUGAGCGGGGGAAACCUUUUCUCAACACCAGCUUUGCCCUACAAGUCCAGCAUCCUGUCUCUCAGGUUAGAGUCCAUAAAAGAGGGGGCUGGUUCUGACUAAAGAACAACAGCUUUUUCUUUUCUUUUUCAAAUGAAUUUUACUGAGUGUUGACUGUGCCCUUUGCCCCCGCGAUCUCCUUACACUGGUCACCCCUAGUAAAAUCGAGAUCUACUGAUUGCUCUGUGUCACCUAAGAGGGGAUAUAGGUGACCAGAUAUCAUCCAGAUUCAUCAAGAGAUGAGGAUUCCUUUCCUAAUUUUCCUGGGAAAACUGGCCAUCUUCUGCUGGCAGCACAUGAUCCUUGCAUCAUGGUCUUGGAAACUGGACCAACUCUGAGGGGCAUCAGUGACGGCCAUGACUCUAACCCCCAGGGGAGGCAGAUUGCUAAAAAUUGUGAGGCACAGGAUGAGAUUAGCCUUGGGCCUGGGGGCACGGGAUUUUUUUUGUUUUGUUUUGUUUUUGUCUCCCUUCUUCCUGUUUUUUAUUAGUUCAAAGCUAGCUCUUCCUACCCACCCCACCCCACCCUCCGCCCCCAUCCCGAAUGUGAGUGUGAGACUAACAGACUCACCCAUUACCUCAUAUCCCUAUGCCUAACACAGUAAUCUCAAACAUCAACUACACAGAAGAAGCCAGAUGUUCUGAAUUUGACCCACGUCUGUUUGUCCAUCUGACUUCUCCUCCUGCACCCAAGUUCUUAAGGUGGCUGGUGUGGCACAUGGCACCUCCAAUUCUGAACUGCCCAUCUGGCUCCUGAAGGCUCUCUAUGUCUUCACCAUCUUCCCACACAUGGUCAGAACCAGUUGUCUGCCUCUCUGUGAAGGGAUUGCAAACUCAAUCCGAGACCCACAUCUAGAAAUACAAGAGCAGGAUUUGUUAGGCCUGAGAGCAUAUACACAUUUCACAGAAAGACUCAAAUGUGGGUUUCCACCUCCUGUGCUAGUCACACACAUGUGUCUGCCCGCAGUAUUCCUAAUGGCUGACAUGGAGGCGUCUGAUUUGGAGCCAAAUUCAUGAUUUUCACACAGUUAGCAAACACAUCAAAUACAGAAUUUCAAGUGGGGAGAAGCAAUUUGCCCUAUCAGGGGUGACGCUUGGAUCACUUCCAUGUAUGUUGAUUAGCAUGUUUUUCUGGAUCCAAACCAGUGUGAGGGAGACUCAGAGGAAGAUGUCGUAGCAUGUGAAGACUUACCUGCUUCCUGUCACUGGAACAUCUGACCUGAGUUCCUAUUGCUGCUACCGCUGUGUAAGACAGUCUGUGUAGUCAGUAAACAAUUCCAUAGCCAUUUCAUAACCUAGCCCUUAGAUUCACACUGUAAAUGCUCUAACCAUAGUUUAUAAUGGGGGAAGUUAUUCAGAUACCGUUUUUAAAUGAAUUCCUAUAAAUACAAUGAUUUUGAAAUUGGGUUUACUAACUACAUAUACAUCUUUUCCUUCUUUCAUGUAUGGAUAGACAGAGGUUUGCAUAUCUACUGACACUAUGAAUAUAUCUAUAUAUAUCUAGAGGAACUGUUCUUUUUUAAAGGUCUCUCACUGGAUUCACAAUGCACUUUGAGCUUGUCUGUUUAGAUAUAUAAUUUGAAGCAGAAGUUGGCAGAUACUACAGGCAACGAACUUUCUGGAAUUUCUGUAACAAAUGUUUUGCAAUAAAAAAAAAAUACAAAUAGUUUAAAACAUGA